GGCUCCGGCUGGGGGGUGCGGCGGCAGCGGCGUCGGCCUUCGCGGGAGACGCGGCGGCGGCCGGGCGAGCUUCGGGCUUCGGGCGUGGCCUCACGCCCGCGCCUUGGCGGCCUCGCCACGGCAGCAACGCGUCAGGGCGUCGGCCUUUGCGGGAGACGCGGGCACGCGGCGGGCGGGCUUCGGCCGUGGGCCUCGCGCCCGCGCUUAGGUGGCCUCGCUGCGGUAGCAACGCGGGCAUCAGCUUUCGCGGAAGAGGCGGCAGCGGCCGGCCGGGCUUCGGCGGAGGGCAUCGCGCCCGCGCCAGGCGUCGGCAUUCGCGAGCUUCGGUACAGGCUGUCUCUUCUAGAAUGCUAGGAGUGGAGAAUUGAUGCCGGAGAAAUGCAAGUUUGAGGACAGAAGACCUCUUCAGGACUAGCAGUUCUUGACAUCUACACGGUUCAACACCUGUUUCUUCUGGGGAAGAAAGCACAGCAAUUCAUUAUGAAGAGCAGCGACGGAAACCAAAUCAAGUUACAACCAAUGUGGAGAAAAGUUGCCUAUGGGGGAAGGCAGUCAGGAUAUGAUGAUAACUACACUGACGAGUCCUUCCUUGAGGAGAUGGUUAUGAAUGCCAAUGUCGUCAAGAGGGACCUUCUGAAAGUGAUGAUCGACUCUGUAUCCAUAUCACAGUAUCUUUGCAUCGUCGCUCUUGUGGUUUCUACAUGGACCCUAACGCUGAACUUGGACAUUGAUGAAUCUACUCUCCUCAAACUAGAUGUUGGUCUUCUCCUUGUUGGGUUCUGGGUCCUCUUGCUCACAACUUGUCCGUUCUCGCUGAAGCUUCUGACAAAGUAUGUCCUCAAUAUAUCAUUCUUCAUAAGCGGUCUUUAUGUUCUCGCACCAAUUUAUCAUACCCUCACCAGGUCCAUCAGUUCAGAUUCAAUAUGGGCCCUUGCUGUAUCUCUUCUGCUGGUUCAUCUAUUUUUACACGAUUACUCUGGUUCAACCAUAAGGCCUCCAGGCGCAUUGAACAACCCAAAAUUAACUAGCAACAUCUCCUUGAAUGCAUCGAUAGUAGCCUCUGUCCUUGUGGCUUCGCGGCUGCCAUCAAGGCUGCACGUCUUCGCAAUCAUGUUGUUCUCCUUGCAAGUCUUCCUCUUUGCACCCCUCAUUACUUUCUGUGUGAAGAAAUACCAUUUUAGGCUUCAUCUGCUAUUCUCCUUCACGCUAAUGGCUGUGGCCCUGAGUGUCACAUACCAGUUGCAUCGAAUGUUCUUCACUGUUCUAUUGGCGCUACUUGUUUUUGUCUCAAUCGUUUGCCCUUACUGGCUUAUAAGGAUUCAGGAAUACAAGUUUGAGAUCAAUGGCCCCUGGGAUGAAGCAAAACUCUGCUUUGAUAUAACUGAAUAGCAGUGCUAAGUUUUCUUUAGGAAUGAUUUGCAUUGAAGAUUGGUUUGGUUGUAUAUACUGGCAUAUAGGCUCGCUGCGAGCCUUCAUGGCAUAGGUGUUUUCAUGUGAAUGUAUAUGCUAUUUAAUGGAUUUAUUGUGUUACCGAGACUAAUUCUUGGCAUGCUUUGACAUGCCUAAUGAUCACUAAUUCUGGUGUCACUGGCAGUUUGGGAUGUUAAAAAGCUACUUUGUAAGGAAGAUCUACAUUCUGUCUUUUGCUGACUGACAUAUUUGUGAGGUGAAAAGCUAUUGCAUAUGUGGGAUUUGUUUU